AUGUCACACUACGCUUUGAGCCCUGAGCACAAGCAAAUGGUUGAGGGCCAUUUGGCUGAAACCGAUCCCGAAGUUAACCAAAUCAUCAAAGAUGAGGUCGACAGACAGAAGCACUCCAUUGUUUUAAUCGCUUCUGAGAACUUCACUUCCACUUCGGUGUUCGAUGCUCUCGGAACCCCUAUGUGUAACAAGUACUCUGAAGGUUACCCAGGGGCAAGAUACUACGGUGGUAAUGAGCACAUUGACCGUAUGGAAAUUCUGUGUCAACAGAGAGCUCUUAAGGCUUUCCACUUGGAUGGAAGUCGCUGGGGAGUUAACGUUCAAACUUUGUCUGGUUCUCCAGCCAACUUGCAGGUAUACCAAGCUAUCAUGAAGCCUCAUGACAGACUUAUGGGUUUGGACUUGCCCCACGGAGGUCACUUGUCUCAUGGUUAUCAGACUGAUACCAGAAAAAUCUCUGCAGUCUCGACUUACUUUGAAACAAUGCCUUACAGAGUCGAUCUGGAAACUGGCAUUAUCGACUACGACAUGCUUGAGAAGACUGCAGUUCUAUACCGUCCAAAGGUCCUGGUUGCCGGUACCUCUGCAUACUGUAGAUUGAUCGAUUACAAGAGAAUGAGGGAGAUUGCUGACAAAGUUGGUGCAUACUUAGUCGUUGAUAUGGCUCACAUUUCUGGUUUGAUUGCCGCAGGUGUCAUUCCAUCUCCUUUCGAAUACGCCGACAUUGUAACCACAACCACCCACAAGUCUUUGAGAGGCCCACGUGGUGCAAUGAUUUUCUUCCGUAAGGGUGUCCGUUCUGUCAACCCAAAGACUGGUAAGGAAAUCUACUACGACCUUGAAAACCCCAUCAAUUUCUCCGUUUUCCCUGGCCACCAAGGUGGUCCACACAACCACACAAUCGCCGCUUUAGCUACCGCUUUGAAGCAAGCUGCUACACCUGAGUUCAAGCAGUAUCAGGAACAGGUUUUGAAGAAUGCUAAGGCUCUGGAGAAUGAGUUUAAGAGACUUGGAUACAAGUUGGUUUCUGACGGAACUGACUCCCAUAUGGUCCUUGUUUCAUUGAAGGAUAAGGAUAUUGAUGGUGCCAGAAUUGAAACCGUUUGUGAGAACAUCAAUAUCGCUUUGAAUAAGAACUCCAUUCCAGGUGACAGAUCCGCUUUGGUCCCAGGUGGUGUUCGUAUCGGUGCUCCUGCUAUGACCACCAGAGGUGCUUCUGAGGAAGACUUCGUCAAGAUCGCUAACUACAUCGACAAAUCUGUUCAAUAUGCUAAGAAAGUCCAAAGCGAGUUACCAAUUGAAGCCAACAAGCUUAAAGAUUUCAAGGCCAAGAUCGCUGAAGGCUCUGACGAGAUCACUCAACUCAAGAAUGAGAUUAGCGCCUGGGCAGGAGAAUUCCCAUUGUCUGUUUAG